GGAAAUCAUUCGUUCGUUCGUCGUUCAGCUCAGCUCAGUUUUGCAGUCACCAUCAUCGAGAUCCAACGCAGAAAAGCGUAAUUCCUGUCGUGUCUCUGUCGUUUCAGUCGUGAAUUUUACUCGCCUCGUAAAAGCAAACUGAACAAAGUGUGUUGUAAGUGCCGGAAAAUCCCAUUUCCCCGAAGUGUGAAGCAGCCACAGGGUAAAUUUUUACGGCUGGUCACAGCCCCUGGCAAAAAUCCUGGCUGGCCCGUGGCCCGCAAAACGAAACAGGCUCUGGAUCUGCCUGCCGUGGAGAUUUCGGUGAGGCCCCACAGAAAAGGCGCAGGAAACUAAUGGCUGUCCUUGUUUUGCGUUUUCGUCAUGUUUCUUUUCCAUCGUCAUCCGUCGACGGCUGCUGAUUAUCGAAUAUCGGAUAUUACUCAGUGAACGGAGCUGAGAAGAAAUUUACAUAUUCAACUCUGCUUAUUCACUUGAUUGAAAAGUUAUCAAGUAGAAAUAAGGUGAAGUGUGUGGAGCAGUGUUCAAACUCCUAGGGAAAUUCGUGAGUGGGAAAGCUCUGGAGGAAUAUCAGCAACUUGUAGAAGAAAAUGUGCUUAGUGCUUCCGAAGGCUUUCGAAGUAGUGUCCUAAAUCCUUGGAAAAACGAGUGAAAUAGUGAAGAAAAAACAAACCACAGAAAAGGUUUUACUAUGUUUAUUUUUUGACGGAAGUUUCUGGGAUAAAACCUAAAAUUGCGUUUAGUUUGUUUUGUUGCUGAUUUUAUAUUCUGACCACGGGUAAUAAGACAUCGCUUGGAUUAGGAAGUACGACGUAAGGAUAUCCGUCAGAACGAAGAAAAUCUGAAAUCACAACAAACUGGAGAAGCAGUUCGUCUGCGCAAAAAUCACUGCUGUCUAGGAAUAUCUUUCCAGCCACGAUGGAUUCCCUGCGAAAAUGGUUGAAUAAGCCCAAGGCUGAUGAUAAAUCGCUGCUGGCCAGAUUCUACCACGCAGACAGAGCGCUAACUGCGGUCGCUAGCGAGCUGGAUAGCUUUGAUGGCCGGGCAGAACCAGUACGAUGCACACGACUGGUUGGACGGUUACGACAAGGACAGGACCGAGUGCUGGCCAUCACAAACCAAAUCAUGGACGAGCUUCUGGGCGAUGACCGGGCGCCGCGUGCUUUCCGUGCCAAGUUUCCCGAGGAGGUCCUGCAGGAAAGUCUCGCCGGGCAGCUGUGGUUCGGGGCGGAAUGUCUCGCGGCCGGAUCUUCUAUCAUGAAUCGCGAGGUGGAAAGCGCUACGAUGCGACCGCUGGCAAAAGCCGUUACAAAAAGCUUGGACAAUGUUCGGAAUUUGUUGCGAGAGCAGUGCUUACGGAACAACACACCGAACAGCUUGACACUGCGGCUGGAUGUAAAUGAUGCCGCAACGGAACAAUUGUACGAAAGUUUGAAAAUUUUCGAUCGUCUGUUUGCCGAGUUUGAGCUGUUGUACGUUAGCGCGAUGGUACAAGUCAAAUCGAAGCAGGAGUACGAAAUGCAAGAACUGAUUUGUGUGCUGUUUUCUGAAACGCUGCAACGAGCACUGAAAAUUGGUCUGCUGGAGCAGGAGCAGGUCGACUCGUAUGACCCGGCGCUGAUGUUUUCCAUUCCACGGUUAGCAAUCGUCGCCGGGUUAGUUAUAUUCAAGGAUGGACCCCUAAAUAUGGAUCAACCAGCGGAUAACAUUUCGGAGAUGUUUCGUCCUUUUCGAAAGCUGUUGAUCAAAAUGCGCGAUCUGCUCCGAACGCUAACCAAACAUGAGCUGUAUCAGUUGGAAAAGUUGCUGUGCACCAACGAGGAAAUCAGUCUGAAGGAAGAAUUAAUCUGUGAUGCAAACGAAAACGAUAACAGCGAUAUCUCGCCGCAAGAAGAUCACGUUGUUAUCGUGACAACCAAUGUUAAUAGUAGUCAUAAUAGCGAUAAUAGUGAUAGCCGUGUAGAAGAUCCCCCAAACGAUGAUCAGCGGCACGACUCGGACGGCCGGGACAAUCGAAGCAGUAGUUUUUAUAGCAACCGUAUUAUAGAUAGUAAUCGAAUACAUGGGGAUUUGGAGGACGAUGUAUCCGAAAAUGACGACGAAGAUGAUCCUAGCAAUGUUUUGAAAGAUAGCCUAGUGACGUCGGAUUGUGCAUCGGGGUAUUUGAUUCCGAAUACAAACUUUGGUAACUUACUGCAGACUAAUGAAGCGCCGUUAACCGACAGUUUUAUAGCAACAGACGAAGAGCUGAAACUUGGAACUUCCUCGAAUGCUCGGAUAGAACAAAUAUUGUCGGAAACUAAUCAGAAGCUGGCGGACUCUGGACUUGGAACAGCCAACCCAAGUGUAGAUAAUUCUCCCGAAAUUGAUACGGAACGGCCGGUUACAAGCCGUGGAGAAAGCGAAUCUUCUGAAGAGGAAGGUGAAGUGGAUGAGUAUGACCAUGAAGAAGAAGAGGAAGAUAGUGAUGGCACUGUCCGCGAUACCCAUCAAUCAACGAUGGAUCCUAGUUCAAGCGCUGGCGCAUCGCAAUAUGCUGGAAAGCAGCAUCAUAAUCACAGACAGCAACAUCACCAUCACCGACAUCGUCGAUCUAGUGGAACCCUCACAUCGGCUACAUCAAGUAGAAAACAUAACUCAAAGCACCAUAGAUCGUCGAGUGCAUCUACUUCUGUCGUCGUUACCAGCAGUCAAGGCACCUCCUCAUCUAAGGCAUUCUCCAGCUGUGAUACAUCGCCGUCAUCCGGUAAUCAAAGCGAAUGCAGCAGUACCAGUAGCACUGCCGGCGAAACCUCGCAGGACGUGACAAUAGCCAUCAGAGCGGCAGGAAGGAUUAAAUUCAAAACAACGGAAAACCUUCUGCACAGGCUGUUUGUCUGCAUAGCAGGAGUCGCCGAUCAACUUCAAACCAAUUUUGCUGCCGAUCUUCGCCAAAUGCUGAAAAGUGUGUUCAUUAUAAACUCUUCGCCUCCGGAGCCGGAGGAGCCUCCUGAGCCAGCGCCGACGUCGAGCGAUAAACCUAAGGAGCCAGACCCGGCGGAAAUGUUUGAAUUCCGAGCUAGCGAACAGGAUGUCAUCACACCCGGUCAGAACAGCGGAGGAUCGAGUCAAAGCAUUUAUUCAGCCGAGGAAGUCAAUCCGGAAGAUCCGCACGACUCAGUGUUCGGAUCACCUGGUACCUCUCCCAUCAGAGCGUCUUCUGCUCCGCGUACUAUGAUGACCACUUCGGAAAGUGGAAGCGUAACAGUUAACGUUUCCGUGUCGGUCGUUACCGGUGGCAGUUCCGGUUCCAGUAGAAGUUCGCAAGAAAGAAGCGUUAGUCUAAGUGAAACGUCGAUAGUGGUGGAGAAUAAUGGUGGGACCACGGGUUCCAACCUACGUGAUAGCCACCGGAGGCACAGUGCAAUUGGUUCCAAAGGGGAGUAUGGCCGGAGUCGAUCCAGUCCAAACAGCCCCAUCAAUGGAACGUCCACCGAAGAACGACGAAUGCCGGAGGCUCCUCCCCGGUGGAUUCCGGAUGGAGAUGCGCCCCGUUGUAUGGCCUGUGCCUCUUCAUUUACGCCUUUCCGAAGGCGACAUCACUGUAGGAAUUGUGGUGGAGUUUUCUGUGGGGUAUGCUCGAGCGCUUCUGCACCACUUCCUAAGUAUGGAUUGACUAAAGCGGUGCGGGUUUGCCGAGAUUGCUACGUACGUGAAGUGGGAGCUUAGUCAGUUACAGCGGUUAAAUACCUUUAUUAAUUCCUUUUAGUUGUCUACUGUUUAAUUUUGCGCGUGACAAGGUUUUUUUAUUAUGGUUUUUACUAAAUUGUAUCAUGUCUGCUCUAUAUGUACUUUAAGACGAAGUAAAAGAAAGUUUUUGUUUUCUUUUGAAACCUUGUAUCCUUUUCUGAAAACUAGCCAUUUUUUUCCAAAUGUAGGAUUUGUACAGGCUACAAUACCCGAUUCUUUUUGUAAGAAAGAAAUGUUUUUUAUUGUAUAACAAAGUUUCAGUUACUAAUAAAUGUAUAGAUAAAGCGAAAAUAGCUACACACUUUAAUCGAAACAAUAUCACACGUUUUAGGAUGAAAUACAAAAAGAAUCGGGUAAAUUUACAUCCUUUUAUAAUACUGAUUAUGAUGAAGUGCUAAGUAUGUGUUCACUUGAAUGUUUCCAGUUUAACAUACGACCAGUUAACCAUUUGAAUAUCUAUAGUAAUUUGUGUUCAGAUUUUCAACCGAUGACAGAUUUCGGCCGUGAAUGACUAAAAUCGUUUGGCUUUAUGUCUUCUAGCAUAAGCAUAACUUGCAAGAAGUACCUAUACUUCUAUAGGUAUUUUCAACCUCUUAGGAACGAAUGAACAACCAGUAAGUGAUUCUUGCGAAAUACAACUUAUUUAUUUACUUCGCGUGUGAUUUUGUUAUUCUCUGAUUUCGGAUUAGGGGUUUCUCAAUGAUGAUAGGGUGACACAGAAAAGCACCACCACAGCUCAUUAUACAACCCUUACUUUAAACGUUUCUAAGCUUUUCACAAAAGGAAUUAGUGUUCGGUUUUGAAUGCCUAUUCAAACGCUUAAAAAACGGGUUUCGCGCAUAUACUAAAUAUUGUUUGUUGGCAAACUGUCCGGGUAAUAAAAUAAAAAAGCAUUUCCAAACUAUCAGAAAUGUAUUCAAAUGAUUAUCUGGUCCAAAAGCAAUAUCCAUCUCAAUUAUAUAGUAUAAAAUCCCAUAUUCCUAUUUGAAAUUGCUUUGUUCCUUGAUCCGAGCACAGCAAACCCAAUACAAAAAUACAUUCCUUCUCUAAGCGUUACAAAUCAAAUAAGUGAAUCUAAAAGACUUACGUACAGCCAAGAUGGUUUGCAGCCAUGGUUUAAAGUUCAGUAUAAAUCAAAACCCAUUCACCUAUUUCGUUCUGGAAACGGGGAUUCUCCUAAUCACAUAACAAAAAAUCUAGCCUCAAUUCAUUUUUACUCUGUUGCAUAGCCGAAGGUUUCUGUUGAAAAUAGUUAAAAUCAUGUAUUGUGAAGCAUAACACGCGUUAAAUAAGCACUGUUUUUGACUAAAAGUAAUGAAAAUCUAACAAAUAUAACAUUAUUUUUUAUAUUAACUAAAAUGAUAAUGUGAAUGCAUAAUAAUGCUUAAAACUAAACAUUGGAGUGAUAUCUUUUUUACAAAGAAACAAAAAAAAGUUUAUGUAUAUUCUGAAAAGGUUAGUUUAAUAAUUUUGUGAAUAUGAUGCAAAUCAACAAAAAACUAAAAAUAAAAAACUUUAAGAGGCGUGGUAUACUCCAUAAUUUCCAAUAACAAUAUCAGAAGGACAAAAAUCAUGUAUCAUCAAUUGUAUAUCCCUAUUGUGAAAGAAAAUACCGCAAGUUAGGUAAGUCAACACCUGAAAUCUGUAAGAGAAGAAGGUGAGUCAUAAACUAAGAUAUAUUGUGAUUGUACAAGCAUUACCACAGCAAUGGAGUGUGAAUGCAAAAGUACGAAAAAAUUGCUAGAGCAAUUUAAUAAAAAAAAAGCUAAAUAUUUGAUCAAA